CCAGCUGCGCUCACGAUGCUUUUGGGAAACGCAGAUCAGACGCUGAUGUUUGUGUGUUUCAGCUAUGUCCAGAGCGCAUGCAAGAUCUUCAAGGCGGCGGAGGAGUGUCGUCUGGACCGCGAUGAGGAGAAAGCUUAUGUGCUGUACAUGAAGUACCUGACGGUCUAUGACCUCAUCAAGAAGAGACCGGACUUCAAGCAGCAGCAGGAUUUCUUCCUGUCUAUGCUCGGACCAACCAGCUUUAAAAAGGCCAUCGAGGAGGCAGAGAAACUUUCAGAGAGUUUGAAGCUCCGGUAUGAGGAGGUAGAAGUGCGGAAAAAGCUGGAGGAGAAAGAGAGAAAGGAGGAAAAGAGUCGACGAGAAGAAAGAAGUGAAAAAGAUAGCCUUGCUUCACCUCGAGGAGCUUCAGAGAAGAAGGACAAUAAGAAGCAGGUUAAAGAGGAGCCCAAUAACAGUAAGACUGGCUGUGAUAAAGGAAGCAUCAGCGCUAAGGAUCUGUUCCAGCUGAUGAAGGAUCCCAGUAUAAGUGUGCUGGUGAUGGACGCGCGGAACAGACAGGACUUCGAGGAGUCUCAGAUGUGUGUCCCGUCUCAGACGUGCAUCAGUGUUCCUGAGGAGGCCAUCAGUCCGGGGGUGACGGUGAAUCAGAUCGAGCUGAAGCUCCCGGCAGAGUCUCUGGAGGACUGGAAGCGCCGCGGCUUCGUGGAUUAUGUGGUUCUGCUGGACUGGUUCAGCUGCGUCUCUGAUCUCAAACUGGGCACCACUCUACAGAGUCUGAAGGAUGCUCUCUAUAAGGUACUGUGUGAGGAGGAGAAGCAGGAGAGGAAGAAGCUGGAGAGACAGACGGCCGAAGAGGAGGAUCAGGGAAACGCCGGAGACGAGAAGAACAAGAGAGCACAGAAGGACGUGCCGCUGGAUGCUGCCAUGAAGAGCAUGUCUCUGGAUUCACCUGCAACCUUCAGCACUAGGGAGUCUCUGACGCGAGCACACAGUGAGGAGAUGGGCCGAACCGUCCCAGGGCUGCCAGACGGCUGGAUGAAGUUUCUGGACACGGUGACAGGCACCUACAGAUAUUACCACUCUCCCACCAACCGCGUUCGGCCGUCUGCAGCUCAGAUCCGGAACCUGAACCCGGUGUUUGGAAGUCAGGGGCCGUUGCUAACGGGCCUCCGUAACCUCGGCAACACCUGCUACAUGAACUCUAUCCUCCAGUGCCUGUGUAACACGGUCGCCAUGGCAGACUAUUUCAACAGGAACAUCUAUCAGCACGACAUUAACCGGUAAUCCAUCUUUCAGACGUCACUGAUUAAACGAUCACAUUCAGCGUGAAUCAGAGUGACUCUGUGUCUGUUUUCUCACAUCUUCAGGAACGAUACGCCUCGCACCAGAAAGCAUGAUAAAGACGGGCAUUCUCUCGUUCUCUGUCAGGCGGAUAAGCGGCGUGGGUAUAAGGAGGAGGACAUCGAUCAUCUGGACGACGUGAGCGCAGCAGAGCUGGCCUGGUCCAAACACAGGCUCCUGAACGAGUCCAUCAUCGUGGCUCUGUUCCAGGGUCAGUUUAAGUCCACGGUCCAGUGCAUGAGCUGCCAGCACAAGUCCCGCACCUUCGAGACCUUCAUGUACCUGACUCUGGAGAUGACGUCCAGCAGCAAGUGCUCGCUACAGGACUGUCUGAAGCUGUUCUCUAAAGAGGAGCGUCUGACCGACAGCAACCGCUUCUACUGCCGCCACUGUAAGACACACCGAGACGCCAUCAAGAAGAUGCAGAUCUGGAAAGUUCCGCCCAUUUUACUCGUACACUUGAAACGGUUUAAAUACGACGGGCGGUGGCGGGAGAAGCUGCAGACGCUGGUGGAUUUCCCGCUGGAUAAUCUGGACCUGUCACAGUACGUCAUCGGACCCAAACCCAACCUGAAGAAGUACAACCUGUACGCUGUGUCUAAUCAUUACGGUGGGCUGGACGGCGGUCACUACACUGCUUACUGUAAGAACCCUCUCAAGCAGCGCUGGUUCAAGUUUGACGAUCACGAGGUGUCCGACAUCUCCGCCUCCUCCGUGCGCUCGGCCGCCGCCUACAUCUUCUUCUACUCCUCUCUAUGAGGGUCAGCGACAGGUUGUCACCAUGGUGACCGGGUGAUUGACGCAUGUGUGACAUGCAGCUGUGGGCGGGCUAUAGCCCUUUGCAUGAGGACUGAUGGACACUUCUGCUGAGGGAACGCCCCUCCCUCUCUCUCAGUGUCUAUCUCUCGCUCUCUAUCUCUCAGUGUCUCUCUAUCGCUCUCUC